CUCUCCCCUGCGCGCUCCGGGCUGGGUGCGGCGCGUGUGCGGAGCCGCCGCGGUGACACGGAACGCCGGCCGCUCCGGGCCGGGGGAGGCGCGCGUCGAGCGGCGACGGCGGGCUGGCCUGGAACGCCGCGGCGCUCGCUCACCGGCUCCUGAGGAAGGGUAGUGGGCCCCGCCGCCGCCUCCGGAUGGCGAGGCUGCGGGAUUGCCUACCCCGCCUGAUGCUCACGCUCCGGUCCCUGCUCUUCUGGUCCCUGGUCUACUGCUACUGCGGGCUCUGCGCCUCCAUCCACCUGCUCAAACUUUUGUGGAGCCUCGGGAAGGGGCCGGCGCAGACCUUCCGGCGGCCAGCCCGGGAGCACCCUCCCGCGUGCCUGAGCGACCCCUCCUUGGGCACCCACUGCUACGUGCGGAUCAAGGAUUCAGGAUUAAGAUUUCACUAUGUUGCUGCUGGAGAAAGAGGCAAACCACUUAUGCUGCUGCUUCAUGGAUUUCCAGAAUUCUGGUAUUCUUGGCGUUACCAACUGAGAGAAUUUAAAAGUGAAUAUCGAGUUGUAGCACUGGAUUUGAGAGGUUAUGGAGAAACAGAUGCUCCCAUUCAUCGACAGAAUUAUAAAUUGGAUUGUCUAAUUACAGAUAUAAAGGAUAUUUUAGAUUCUUUAGGGUAUAGCAAAUGUGUUCUUAUUGGCCAUGACUGGGGGGGCAUGAUUGCUUGGCUAAUUGCCAUCUGUUAUCCUGAAAUGGUGAUGAAGCUUAUUGUUAUUAACUUCCCUCAUCCAAAUGUAUUUACAGAAUAUAUUUUACGACACCCUGCUCAGCUGUUGAAAUCCAGUUAUUAUUACUUCUUCCAAAUACCAUGGUUCCCAGAAUUUAUGUUCUCGAUAAAUGAUUUCAAGGUUUUGAAACAUCUGUUUACCAGUCACAGCACUGGCAUUGGAAGAAAAGGAUGCCAAUUAACAACAGAGGAUCUUGAAGCUUAUAUUUAUGUCUUUUCUCAGCCUGGAGCAUUAAGUGGCCCAAUUAACCAUUACCGAAAUAUCUUCAGGGUCUCGCUUUGUUGUUGCCCAGACUGGAGUGCAGUGGCAUGAUCACAGUUCACUCCAGCCUCGAACUCCUGGCCUCAAAGGACACCAUCUCAAAGUGUUGGGAUAACAGGUAUGAGCCACCCUGCCCUGCCGAGAAGUAUUUUAAUAAUUUCACAAUUGAUACAGACUUGCUGGUAUAAACUACUGAAAACCAGCUCCGGUUUAUCAUGUUCAUGGCUGGAAAACUGCAAUAUCAUAAAGUUAUUGGGGCCAGGUACAGUGACUCAUGCCUGUAAUCCCAGCACUUUGGGAGGCGGAGGUGGGAGGAUUGCUGGAAGCCAGGGGUUAGAGACUAGCCUGCAAUACAGCAAGACCAUGUGUCUAGAAAAAAAAUAUAUUUUUUUAAUUAGCCAGGUGUUGUGGCAUGCCUCUGCAGUCCCAGCUACUCAGGAGGUUCAGGUGGAAGGAUCACUUGAGCACAGGAAUUCCAGGCUGCAGUGAGCUAUGAUGCUGCCAGUGCACUCUAGCCUGGGUGACACAGCAAGACCCUGUCUCAAAAAAAAAAAGUUUUUAAAUUAAUAAUUUAAAAAUUAAAAAAUAAAAUUAUUGGAUCCUCCCAAAAUUCUAUAAACUUAAUGCAACUUCAGUGAAAACCAUAAGAAAGUUUUUAAAUGAAAUUUGACAAGCUGAUUUUAAAAUUUAUAUGGGAGAAUGGCCAAGAUCAUUUUAAAGAAAAGAAUAGGUAGCUGGAUGCGGUGGCUCACGUCUGUAAUCCCAGCACUUUGGGAGGCCAAAGUGGGUGGAUCACAUGAGGCCAGGAGUUCAAGACCAGCCUGGCCAACAUGGCAAAGCCCUGUCUCUACUAAAAAUACAAAAAAUUAGCUGGACUUGGUGGUGCACACCUGUAAUCCCCACUACUUGGAUGGCUGAGGCACGAGAAUCACUUGAGGUUGCAGUGCGCCAAGAUGCCACUGCACUCUAGCCUAGGUGACAGAGUAAGACCCUGCCUCAAAAAAAAAAAAAAGAAUAGGGUGAAUAGCUCUAUUAGAUAUCAAGACUUAUAAUAAAGCUAUAAAAUAAAUAAAAUAUGGUAUUCACUCUGGGAUGGACAAAUUGAUUAACGAAACAGAGAAGAAAGCCCCAAAACAGAACCACAUAUGUGGGAACUUGGUAUGACAGAGAUAGCAUUUUAAACCAGUGGUGAAGAUUCAAUAAAUUUUGUUGGACUAAUUGGAUAUGCAUAUAGAAUAAAACUAAAUUAGGUCCCUGUAUUUUAUUUUACCAAACAAAAAAUAAGCUUCAGGCAUUGGGUAUUCAUGGACAUAAAGAUGGGCACAAUAGACAAUGGGACUCCAAAAUGGUGGAGGGAGGGAGGGCAGCAAGGGUUGAAAAACUUCCUAUUGGGAACUAUGUUCAUUAUUUGGGCGACAGGAUCAAUAGAAGCCCAAACCUCAGCAUCAUACAAUAUACCCAUGUAACAAACCACACGUGUACCCCCUGAAUCUAAAAUAAUAGAAUAAAGUAAAACAAAAAUAAGCUUUAGGGAAAUAAAAACCCAAAUGUGAUAAUAAAACUUUAAAAUGUCUAGAAAAUAAAACUUUCAUGACCUCAUGUGGGAACGAUUUCUUAAAUAAAGCACAAUAGCUCUCAAAUUGUGAAGACUGAUACAUUUGAUUACAUUAAUAUUUAAAAAUAUAUGUCAAAAGAUAUAAAAUGAUGAGCAACCUUAGGUGGGGAGAAGUUAUUUGCCAUACACAAUUUUGAAUUAAUAUCUAGAGUUUAUAAAGAGUACCUCUAAAUUAAUAUUAAAAAAGUAGCUCAAUCAAAAAAUGGAUAAAGGAUAUGAGAAAGCAAUUCACAGAAAAGGAAUCUAACAGCCAAUAAACACAUGAAAGAUGCUGAACCCUAAUGGUAGAUAGGGUAGAUAUAGAACAUAAGUAUUACUGCUUGUAAGAGAGAUACGAAGUAACAGUGGCAUAAACAAGAUAGAAUUUCUUUCUCUCACAAGUAAAAGUCUAGGCUGGUGUGGUUUUGCUCCAUGAAAUAAUCACAGCUAUGCUAUUCUUUGGUCAGAAGCCUUGGUGCUUUCUGUUUUGUUGUUCUGUUAUACAUAGGGUGUCGCCCUUGUCUGUGUGGUCCAUGGUGGCUUACCACCACAUCUGCAUUUGUCAGUGGGAAGUGGGAAGGGUCAGAGAGGGCAUGCUGGGCACACAUUACAUUCUCACCUAGCAAUAGGAAGUCUAGGAAUUCUGGAUGGCCAAUUGUCCUGCCGAACCUUGGAU